CCUGGAGGAGUUGCUGGGCGCCAUGGAGUAACCUCAGGGUUUGUACUACAGACAGCUGCUUCACUGCCACAAUGACAACUUCCACCUCAACACAACAUAUGCCAUCUGAGAUUGCCUGCAGAAUAUCAUUUGGGCAAAUGAAACAGGUACAGCCAAAACUGCCACUCCUGAAGAUUUUGCGGACUGCAGGUGCUCAGGGUGAAACUUUCACGCCAAAGGAGAUACUACGUUACCUUGGAGAAUAUAUCAUGCUGAAGCAGUUAUAUGACAAACAGCAACAGCAUAUCGUGUAUUGUGGAGGAGACCAGUUGGGGGAUCUUCUUGGUCUUGAAAGCUUCUCAGUGAAAGAUCCAAGCCCCAUAUAUGACAUGCUGAAACGGAAUGUGACAUCUGCUACUGUUACAGAUGCCGCACAGACUCAUUCUCUCGCAAAGGAUCAAAGCGUGGAUAAUCCAAGCCAAGAUCACCAGAAGCAGAGUAGCACAGAGACGGCAUGCAGCGUUGAACAAAGAGAGGACGCGUCGGCCAUGUCAGCCUCCAAAGACAUAUGCGAAGAAAAUGAAGAUAACAGUUCAAAAAAACAGCCCACGUUGGAUCUAGUGUUUGAAGAAUGGGAUAUAGCUGGUCUUCCAUGGUGGUUUUUAGGUAAUCUGAGAAACAAUUACAAGUCCAGAAGUAACGGCUCAACAGAUAUACAGGCUAAUCAGGAUAUAGACACUGCUGUUGUUUCAGAUACUACUGAUGACUUGUGGUUUCUCAGUGAAUCUACUUCAGAUCAGAUAGGAGUCACUAUACCAACAAAAACAGUUGACUGUGAACAAGCUAAUGAAGAUGGAAAAGAGGGUAGCAAACCAGCAAGUGAAAUUGCAUCUUCUGAGGACUUUGAAGAUUCACAUUCUUUAAGUGAUGACACAGACAUAGAUGCUCCCUCCACGGACUGUUGGCAGUGCACCAAAUGCAAGAAGUUUAACUCUCCCAUCAAGCGGUACUGUUUCCGUUGCUGGGCCUUACGGAAAGAUUGGUUCUCUGACUGCCCCAGACUGGCCCACUCUCUCUCCACAUCCAAUAUUGCCAUGAUGCAAAGCAAAGAAGACACAGAAGGGAUGGAUGUCCCAGACUGCCGCAGGACGGUCUCUGCUCCAAUUGUACGACCCAUAGAUCCGUGCAGAGCAGGAGCUAAACCUGACCAGUGCCCUAGAAGCCCCAUGGACUCCAUGCAUCUGGCACAAGGGUGUGAAGGCAAACAGGCUUUGCUUCAGUUUAGCAAGUGCAAACGAAAGGAAGAGGAGGAAGUCCAGUCCCUUGAGAGUAGCAAAGAAUUGUUGAAGCCAUGCCUAGUGUGCCAGAAGCGGGCACGGAAUGGGAACAUUGUCCAUGGAAGGACUGCUCAUCUAGUGGCCUGUUUUACCUGUGCAAAAAUGUUAAAGAAGGGGCGAUUGCCUUGCCCAGUGUGCAAGAAACAGAUUCAGAUGGUGAUCAGGACUUUCAUAGCAUAAGCCUGUCACUUGAUGCAGGAGAAAUGGUGG